CCUCAGGCUGCGGUGAUGGACGGUGACCCCCACGGUCUCCCCGGGACAGCCCCGAGGCCGGAGGUGCUGCUGGGUCGGAUCCGCAGCCUGCAGCGAGUGCGUCAGGCUGUGGCGCGGGAGAUGGCGGAGGCGCAGGGACACGGCGAGGGGCUACGGCAGCACCUGGAGCAGCUGGAGGAGCGUCAGGCGGCGCUGGAGGGGCUCUGGCAGCAGAAGCAGGAAGCGCUGCGGGUGGCUCGGCUGCGCCGGGAGGAGGUGGAGGCCGAAGGGCAAAGGCGCCGGGGCCUCUGCCUGGGCCGCCAGCGGGACCUGGAAGGAGCCGGAGAGCAGCGAGAGCGACUGCUUCACCUGCGCCGACGACAUCGGCAGGAGUUCUGGCAGCAGCUGGAGGCCAUCAUGGAAGAGCACAAACGCCUGCGGGAGUUUCACACCCCAUCCCAGUUGGAGGCUGAACUGGUGCGACUGGAGGAGGCGCGGGAGAAGCUGCUGAGCCAGGAGCGACGCUUCCUGGAGGCAGAGAAGGACGUCGGAGCUGAAGCCCACGUGGCCGCGCGGUUGGUGCAGCAGGCGGAGGAGGCGGCACGGCGCCGGCUGGGGGCGGAGCUAGCCCGGCAGCAGGGCCACCAGCGCCAGCGGGAUAGCGUCUCCGCUCCGCCAUCUUUGAACCGGGCGCCCCACCCCCCGCGGCGGCCAUUUUACCUGUGGGCAAAACGGAAGUGUGGGGCCGCUCCUCUUUCCGGUUCCGGUCGCGAGCUGGGGCUGCUGGGCGCGGCGAUGGAUAGUGAAUUCUCGGACGCGGAGGCGGCGCCGGGCGGGGAGGAGAACGCGCCCGUGUAUUGUGUGUGCCGCAAACCCGACAUCAACUGCUUCAUGAUCGGGUGCGACAACUGCAACGAAUGGUUCCACGGCGACUGCAUCAACAUCACCGAGAAAAUGGCCAAAGCCAUCCGCGAGUGGUACUGCGAGCAGUGCCGCGAGAAAGACCCCACUUUGGAGAUCCGUUACCGCCACAAGAAGUGGCGCGAGAAGGAACACGAGGGGACGAAGGCGCAGGAGUUGGCGCUGGAUCAGGGACGGGCGGCCAAGAUCAAGCGCUCGGCGCGCAUGUGCGGGGAGUGCGAGGCGUGUCGGCGCCCCGAGGACUGCGGUCAGUGCGACUUCUGUCGCGACAUGAAGAAAUUCGGGGGCCCCAACAAGAUCCGCCAGAAAUGCCGCCUGCGGCAGUGCCAGCUGCGCGCCCGCGAAUCCUACAAGUACUUCCCCACCUCGCUGGCGCGGGGGCGCGAGGGGGACGUGGAGCCGUUGGGGGGCGCGGGGCCCCCCGAGAGCCUCUCGGACGAGGAGCUGCCGCUCGACCCACGGCUCUACCAGGAGCUCUGCGCCGGCGCCUUCGACGACCACGGCCUGCCGUGGCUCAGCGACGCCGAGGACGCGCCCUUCCUCGACCCCGCGCUGCGCAAGAGAGCCGUCAAGGUCAAACACGUCAAGCGGCGCGAGAAGAAGUCCGAUAAAAAGGAGGAGCGGCUGCGGCGGCACCGGCAGCGGCCGCGGCACCGCGAGCGGAACCGUCACCCCGAGCGCUGCGACGCCCGCGACCCCGCGGGGCUCGGCCAAUGCCUGGGGCCCGGCUGCACCCGCCCCGCGCGGCCCCCGUCCAAGUACUGCAGCGAGGCCUGCGGCGUCAAACUGGCCGCCAACCGGAUCUACGAGAUCCUUCCGCAGCGGAUCCAGCAGUGGCAGCAGAGCCCGUGCGUGGCGGAGGAGCACGGGAAGCGGCUCCUGGAGCGCAUCCGUCGGGAGCAGCACCAGGCGCGCCUCCGGCUCCAGGACAUGGAGCGGCGCUUCCACGAGCUCGAGGCCCUCAUCGCCCGCGCCAAAGGCCAUCCGCCCCGGCACGACGAGGAGAGCACGGAGGGCGAGAGUGAGGACACGGAGCUGCAGAUCUUCUGUGUGUCCUGCGGACAUCCCAUCAACCCCCGCGUCGCCCUGCGCCACAUGGAGCGCUGCUACGCCAAGUACGAGAGUCAGACGUCGUUCGGGUCGAUGUACCCCACACGCAUCGAGGGGGCCACUCGUCUCUUCUGUGAUGUCUAUAACCCUCAGAGCAAAACCUACUGCAAACGGCUUCAGGUGCUCUGCCCGGAGCACUCCCGGGACCCCAAGGUGCCGGCGGACGAGGUGUGUGGGUGCCCGCUGGUGCGCGACGUCUUCGAGCUGACGGGCGAGUUCUGCCGCGUCCCCAAGCGCCGCUGCCACCGCCAUUACUGCUGGGAGAAGCUGCGCCGCGCCGAGGUCGACCUGGAGCGCGUCCGCGUGUGGUACAAGCUGGACGAGCUCUUUGAGCAGGAACGCAACGUGCGGGCGGCCAUGACCAACCGGGCGGGGCUGCUGGCGCUCAUGCUGCACCAAACCAUCCAGCACGACCCCCUCACCACCGACCUGCGCACCCCGACAUGACCACCCCCCCAAGGGCACCCCAAAAACCCCCAUGGACACCCCAAAAAAACCCUCGCGGACACCCCAAAAACCCCUAUGAACAUGGUGACCCCCCCCCUAUGGACAACGCAACCACACCCCAUGGACAUGGUGACCCCCCAAAACCUCCCAGCACGACCCCCUCACCACCGACCUGCGCACCCCGACAUGACCACCCCCCCAAGGACACCCCAAAAACCCCCAUGGACACCCCAAAAAAACCCUCAUGGACACCCCAAAAACCCCCAUGGAUAUGGUGACCCCCCCCCCCAUGGACAACCCAACCACACCCCAUGGACAUGGUGACCCCCCAAAACCUCCCAGCACGACCCCCUCACCACCGACCUGCGCACCCCGACAUGACCACCCCCCCAAGGACACCCCAAAAACCCCCAUGGACACCCCAAAAAAACCCUCACGGACACCCCAAAAACC